AUGUGCAUGGCUUCUUGGGUUGUUGGUGAUGGGUUUAACGUUGUUUCUGUUGAUUUCUGGUCGUUCAGAAUCAGAAACAAGACCAGUCAGGUGGUGAUCUUGGACAAUGGCCUUGUUGAACUUAGUUUUUCGAAUCCCGGCGGUGAUGUUAUUGGAAUUAAGUACAAUGGCAUUACUAACUUGCUUGAGAUUCAUAACAAAAAAAGUAACAGAGGGUACUGGGACAUAGAAUGGGGUGAUGACAUAACGAGCAAUAUUGCUGACCAUUAUGAUAGAUUAGAAGGAACAAAGUUUGAGAUUAUAAACGAAGAUGAGAACCAAAUAGAAAUUUCAUUCACUAAAAGAUGGAAUGAUUCCUCCCAUUCAUUUCCUAUUAAUGUGGACAAAAGAUAUAUAAUGUUGCGUGACUAUCCGGGGUUUUAUACAUAUGCAAUAUUAGAGCACCCUAAAGAAGCCCCAGCAGCGCAGAUUAGUGUGGUUCGGGAUGUUUUCAAGCUUCAACAAAACAAAUUUCAAUACAUGGCAAUAUCGGACGACAUACAAAGAACAAUGCCAUCAGCAAGUGAUCGUACGUCUGGUGAGAAACUUGCUUAUCCAGAAGCUGUUCUCUUGACCAAGCCUUCCAAACUUGAAUUUAAAGGAGAGGUCGAUGACAAAUAUCAAUACUCAAUUGAUCACAAAGACAUUAAAGUCCAUGGUUGGAUUAGUUCAAACCCAGCAGUGGGAUUCUGGAUGAUCACACCAAGUCAUGAGUUUCUUACAACUGGGCCCAUGAAGCAAGAGCUUACCUCCCAUGUCGGCCCAACAUCCCUUUGUGUAUUUAUGAGUUGUCACUACGUUGGAAAGGACCUUAUCAUGAAAUUUGAUAAAGGAGAGACAUGGAAAAAAGUUUUUGGUCCCAUUCCAAUUUAUCUUAAUUCGGUAUCAAACGAUGAAGAUAACCGCAAUUCACUCUGGGAAAAUGCGAAAAAACAGGCACAAGAUGAGGUUGCAAAAUGGCCAUACAAUUUCAUUCAUUCCAAAGAUUUUCCAACCUCUGAUCAACGUGGCACUCUUAACGGUCAAUUACUAAUCCGCGACAGAUACAUCAAUGAGGGUCUUUUUGAGGCUAGCUCUGCAUACGUGGGUUUAGCUGCACCAGGAGAAGCAGGAUCAUGGCAAAGGGAAAGCAAGGGAUACCAGUUUUGGGUUAAAGCCGAUGAAAGUGGAAAUUUCUCAAUAAAAAAUGUCAGACCCGGCAACUACAGUCUAUAUGCUUUUGUACCUGGCGUUAUUGGAGAUUAUGUGCAUGAAAAAAUAGUUAGCAUUGAACCAGGAGCUAGAAUUGAGUUAGAUAGUCUUGUUUAUGAACCACCCAGAAAUGGUCCUACUUUGUGGGAGAUUGGCAUCCCCGACCGCACUGCUGCCGAGUACUAUGUGCCGGACGCAUUGCCGACACUCGCGAACCGGUUCUACUUGAAUAAGCCAAACCACAAGUUCAGACAAUACGGCUUAUGGGAUCGUUAUACUGAUUUAUAUCCUAAUAAUGAUCUCGUCUAUACUGUUGGAGUCAGUGAUUUCCGGCACGAUUGGUUCUUUGCUCAUGUCAACCGGAACACGGGAAAUGGAACAUACCAAGAAACCACAUGGCAGGUCAAAUUCAAUCUUCAAAACGUGAUGUGGGAUGAAAACUACACGCUCCGACUAGCAAUAGCCUCAGCCCAAGCAACUAAUUUGCAGGUUCGGUUCAACUACCCGCCAUCAUACCCUCCAAUGUUCUCAACACAUCGAAUAGGCAGAGACAACUCGAUCGCAAGGCAUGGAAUUCAUGGACUAUAUUGGCUUUACAGUGUCAAUAUUCCAGGCUUCUGGCUUUUGGAAGGAAACAACACUCUCUAUCUUACACAAGCCAGAAGUCAAGGUCCUUUUGGAGGUCUAAUGUAUGACUACAUUAGAUUUGAAGCGCCUCCCGUGACUUUUAUAGCCUAA